UUUGUGUGACGUGUACUAAUGGACCGCAAACUGUGGCUUGUAUUGAUUAGAAAGGUUUCCAAUUAGUUUCCGAUGCUUCAUUUAAUGAUAAUGUGGGAGAGAACACUUGUCUGCCUAUUCCCAGAGGUCUAUUCGCUCAUCAGCGCAGCCCCAGAGAUCAAGUAUCAGACCACAGUCCCACGCACUUUCACAGUAUCUAACACAGUGUGACGAACUAGCUGUGUAGAGUAGAGUACACAACACGUGCACAGCCCUCUGCCAGCCCACCUGCUCUCUCUGCCAAGAAGCCUCUCCAGUCUUAGCAGGAGUGGGUACGGUGGUGCCCCUAGCCCCAGCCCCCUGGUCUGUGGGAUGACUCAGUGAGUGUGGUGGGGUGUGGCGGCGGGGAACGGAACAGAGACCGAGUGAGAAGAAUGGGCAGGAGGGGCUGUGACUGCAGGUUUGCUGUCUCCACUGGUGUCCCCACUGCGGUCCUCUACGGCUCCCUGUCCCUGUUUGUCUCCAUCCUGCACAACGUCUUCCUGCUCUACUACGUGGAGACCUUUGUCUCCGUUUAUAAGAUCGACAAGCUCUCCUUUUGGGUCGGAGAGACAGUGUUCCUGAUAUGGAACAGCUUAAACGACCCUCUCUUCGGCUGGCUGAGUGACCGCUCCUUCCUCAGCUCCCCACAAUCUGGCCCCCAGAUCUCCAGCCCAGAGGUGGUACUGAAACGGCUGGCUGCCCUCUCUAGGAAUGGCCCCCUGUUCGCCCUCUCCUUCCUGGCUUUCUGGGUGUCAUGGGCGCGGCCGGGCCUCCAGUUCCUGGUGUGCUUGUGCCUGUAUGACGGCUUCCUCACCGUGGUGGACCUCAACCACAACGCCCUGCUGGCCGACCUGGCCGUGUCGGCCUACGACCGCACGCGCCUUAACUUCCACUGCUCUCUGUUCAGUGCCCUGGGCUCGCUCUCAGUCUUCCUGUCCUACUGCGUCUGGGACAAGGGCGACUUCUACUCGUUCCGGCUGUUCUGCGUAGCGCUGGCGGUCGUCUCGGCACUGGGCUUCACCGCCGUGUCGCGCCUGUUGAAGAGCCGCUUUCAGAAAGAGGCGCGCCUGAGACAGGACGAGGCGCUGCAACUCAAAGAGUUGAGUAUUGGCCAGAGCCCUCUAACCCAGCAGGAGAAGCCAGUCACUCUAGGAGAGUACCUAAGGCAGCUCUCCAAGCACAGAAACUUCAUGUGGUUCGCCUCUAUGAACCUUGUCCAGGUGUUUCACUGUCACUUCAACAACAACUUCUUCCCUCUGUUCCUGGAGCACCUCCUCUCUGACAGCAUCUCUGCCUCCACCGGCUCCAUUCUGCUGGGGAUCUCCUACAUAGCACCCCACCUGAACAACCUGUAUUUCCUGACCCUGUGUCAGCGCUACGGGGUCUACGCGGUCAUCCGCUGGCUGUUCCUGGUCAAGCUGGCUCUCAGUGUGGCCAUGCUGUUGGCCGGGGCCGACCAGGUCUAUCUGCUGUGCAUCUUCAUCGCCAGUAACCGGGUGUUUACGGAGGGCACCUGCAAGCUGUUGAACCUGGUCAUCACAGACCUGGUGGAUGAGGACUUUGUGGUGAACCAGCGCCAGCAGGCGGCGUCAGCGCUGCUCUUCGGUAUGGUGGCCCUGGUAACCAAGCCUGGCCAGACCUUUGCUCCUCUCAUCGGCACCUGGUUGCUGUGCGUCUACACAGGCUACGAUAUCUUUGAGAGAAACUCCAUACAGGACUCUGCGGCAGCGAUGGCCUCCCCUGUCUCAGGCCAAGCAGGCUUCACUGUUCCACUUCGCCAGGGCUGUUUCUACCUGCUGGUGUUUGUGCCCAUCUCCUGCGCCCUGCUGCAGCUACUGGCCUGGUCCCGCUUCACCCUCCACGGCCGCCGACUGCAGGGCGUCAAGGCCCAGAGGCAGGGAACCCAGCACAGCCACCUCAUGGAUGUCAAGGCCAUCUGAUCUGAGCCCAGCCCUUCCGCACCUUCACUCAACUGCAUGAUGCUAUACCACCAUCUGCCACUGGGGUCAGCAGAAUGGAACACUGGAGAACUGAUUUAAAUCCCACUGUCAGGGACAAAAAUAUACUGUGAGAAUCUUGCCUUAUUUUGAUAUUAAGAGGACAAAGACGAUAUGUAUGAACUGAUGACUAAAUGAUACAGCAGAGCCAAUCAAAGAUUAAGAUUCCCAUGCCCCUCUCUGGGACAGGGCGAGUAGACCAGCCUAGGUUGAGGCGCAGCCUGGAAUGCAUUUCCAUCCCCAAAGGAACACAAAGUGUCACCAACUUUGCUAUUACAGUGUGGUUACCCAUUUUUGUAUUUUUCACCCCAUGGCAAAAUGUGUUAAAUUGCUGUGUGAAGGAAAAUAUUAAGUAUGAAAAAAAAUGUGUGUAUGUGCACAUGAGUAUAAAGCCUGAUUUGCAUGGACCUUGUGCUUUAAAUUACAAUUAGUGGUGAACCAUCACCAUGUUAUUCUCUGUGUCUUUAUGAAGUACUUCAUAAUCUGCAUGUUCAGAAUUGUAAAAAGUCAAGCAACUAUUUCUCUAUUUGUUUUACCGUGACCAGAUGGACUACUUAUACUAAAAUAGCUGCCGUCUCCAGUAUUCAACGGAAUUGCCUCGUGUUUUCUCACACAUUGUUGUAACGUUUUCACGGUGACGUGUUUAUCGUUUAGGGAGCUCGUACAAAACAAGGCCCUAAACAACGUCUGUUUACAUGUGUACCCCAGUUCAGGAAAGAGAUGUGUUUUUACACAGUGUACAAAACAUUAGGAAUAUCUGCUCUUUCCAUGAGACUGACCAGGUGAAAGCUAUGAUCCCUUAUUGAUGUUAAAUCCACUUCAGUAUAGAUGAAGGGUUAAAGAAGAAUUUUUAAGCCUUGAGACCACUGAGAAAUGGAUUGCGUAUGUUUGCCAUUCAGAGGGUGACUGGGCAAGGGAAAAUAUUUAAGUGCCUUUGAACAGUAGUAGUAGUAGGUGCCAGGCGCACCGGUUUGAGUGUCAAGAACUGCAACGCUGCUGGCUUUUUCAUGCUCAACAGUUUCCUGUGUUUAUAAAGAGUGGUCCACCACGCAACGGACAUCCAGCCAACUUGACACAACUGUGGGAAGCAUCCAUGUGGAACGCUUUCGACACCUUGUAGAGUCCGUGCCCCGACGAAUUGAGGCUGUUUUGAGGGCAAAUGUGGGUGCUACGCAAUAUUAAGAAGGUGUUCCUAAUGUUUUGUACACUGUGUACAUACUGUACCAUGAAGAGAAUUGAGAAACAAAGAUUUGACUGAAAAUGUGAAACUGUUGUGCCAUGAUGACCUAACUAUAUAUGAUCAUCAUGAAGAAUACAUUCCGUACUUUUUCCAAAGUUCCGUUUUGAAUACCGCUGCUACAUGGUUUUCUAUGUGAACAGAGUAUUAAGGAGUCUUAAAUUCCAUCAUAUUAGUAUUACAUUUUUUUUCUAACGUAUUGUGAUAAUUUGAAGACACCUUGAGGGUAGUGUUUUUUAAUUAAGUGACUCAGGAAUUGUAGUUUCAGCACCAUGUGAUUUACUUAGCCAGAAUGGAAAGCAGAGGUUUGAUCUUAUAAGACAUCCUUACGGUAUACAGCAGAGAUGCCUGUAUUUGCCAGUUUUGUUAUGGAAUACUGUACAAUGUUUCUGUCUGGUUGUACCCCUGCUCAUUGUAGCAUCGGCCAUUUCCGACCAUCUUUGUGACCUUUAUUAAAGUGAUCUCACUGCUUGUG